GCGUGGCAGGCUUUUGUGCAGGCGUCUCUUUCGAGGGCGUGUUUUCCGGCUUCGUCGCGCGGCAUUUGCGGCUGGCCUAGGCUGCAGCCGUCAGCACCGGGUCCGGAUCUCGGCACGUUCUGUACGGGCCCUGCGCCUACCGCGCCCGGGCUGGCCCCGUCCCUGCCGCCUCGUUCAGGACUGGACUUUCUGCCGCCCGCAGUUGCUUUCCUGCGCGUCGCGCCCCGCCUCGCCGGCCUCUCGCGCCGGCCCUGCGCUCUCCUCCUGCGACCGACGCUCGGCGCUGCCAUGCCCGGCCCGGGUGCCGGCAGCCGGGCGCGGGUGUACGCCGAGCAAUCAGGACGACUACCAGCUGGUUCGAAAGCUCGGGCGAGGCAAGUACAGUGAGGUAUUUGAGGCCAUCAACAUCACCAACAAUGAGAGGGUGGUCGUGAAAAUCCUCAAGCCAGUGAAAAAAAAGAAGAUAAAACGCGAGGUUAAGAUUCUGGAGAAUCUACGUGGUGGCACCAACAUCAUUAAUCUGGUUGACACUGUCAAGGAUCCAGUGUCAAAGACCCCUGCUCUGGUGUUUGAGUACAUCAAUAACACAGAUUUUAAGGAACAUGACAUUGAGACCCCCUAUGGACUGCUGCACGUGGUCAUCCAGGGCUCUCCCAAGGGGAAUCGCCCGGCCAUCCUGACAUACCACGAUGUGGGCCUCAACCACAAGCUUUGCUUCAAUACCUUCUUCAACUACGAGGACAUGCAGGAGAUCACAAAGCACUUUGUGGUGUGCCAUGUGGAUGCACUGGGCCAGCAGGCAGGAGCCUCGCAGUUCCCUCAGGGGUACCAGUACCCAACCAUGGACCAGCUGGCUGCCAUGCUCCCCAGUGUGGUGCAGCACUUUGGGUUCAAGUACGUGAUCGGGAUUGGUGUUGGGGCAGGAGCCUACGUGUUGGCCAAGUUUGCGCUCAUCUUCCCCAACCUGGUUGAAGGACUGGUCCUCAUGAACAUUGACCCCAACGGCAAAGGCUGGAUUGACUGGGCAGCUGCCAAGCUCUCUGGCUUCACCAGCACGCUGCUGGAUACUGUCCUCUCCCACCUCUUCAGCCAGGAAGAGCUGAUGAACAACACAGAGCUGGUGCAGAGCUACCGGCAGCAGAUCAGUAGCGUGGUGAACCAGUUCAACCUCCAGCUCUUCCUCAACAUGUACAACAGCCGCAGGGAUCUGGACAUCAACCGGCCUGGGACUGUGCCCAACGCCAAGACACUGCGCUGCCCUGUGAUGCUGGUGGUUGGAGACAAUGCACCUGCUGAAGAAGGGGUGGUGGAGUGUAACUCCAAGCUGGACCCCACCAACACCACCUUCCUGAAGAUGGCUGACUCCGGUGGGCUGCCCCAGGUCACACAGCCCAGCAAGCUGACAGAGGCCUUCAAGUACUUCCUCCAGGGCAUGGGCUACAUGCCAUUCGCCAGCAUGACCCGGCUGGCGCAUUCCCGCACAGCCUCCCUCACCAGCACCAGCUCAGUGGAUGGUACCCGUCCACGUGCCUGUACCCACUCAGAGAGCACCGAGGCCAUGGGGCAGGUCAACCACACCAUGGAGAUAUCGUGCUGAGGUCCACACCUGCCACUGAUGUCUUCUCCAGAGUCAUCUCCUAUCCAUCAGCAUCACACCAGCACAUGCCUGCCCUGUCAAGAUCCUCCACCAGGCCCCUUGCUCCUUCGGGGUCAAUUUGUCUUCUUGGCCAUUGGCCCUUGUCUGGUACCGGAGAAGGAGAGGGGCUUUGCAUCCCAGCCUUCAGCUCCUGGCUCCGUCCAGCGGUCACCAUGGUUCUGCAUCAGUCCUCAACCUUCCCAGCAUUUGCCUGGGUCUGGCUUUGGAGGUCCUCCCUGAGGAGAGCUGGUACAGGAUCCCCAGCACACCCAGGACCUGCUGCACUGGAGCUGGCCCAGCAUUGUGAGAAAUCACCCCUCAAACUGUCCCCGUGCCCUGGUCAUGUACCCUGAAGGUUGCCCUGGAGCAGUGGGCUCAGCCAUGCUCCAGAAGCCAUUGGGGCAGGAAAGUGUCAUGCGGAGGAGGGUCCCCCCUGCCUCUGCUCUUGCACGCAUUGGCACUUCCUUGGUCCCUUGGUCGGGGGUAAAGGGAAACUGUGUGUCCUGACUUGCUCAGUCCCUGGCCACUGUGUUUAGGAUGUGACAUGGCAAAUCCCCCUCCAGUUUCACCACAGCCUGUGGGUGUCACUGCGUGGAGCCAUGAGCAAUGAGACACUCCCACCCCCCUCUGCAAUGCUGAGGACCUCUCAGCACUCUCUGCCCUGCAGGGUGCAUCACUGUAGGAUUCUGUCAGUGUGGGGUGGCCCAUGGAUGUGGGGAGCUUGCCAGUGGCUGGCUUUGCCCACAGAGCUGGCCACUCAUGGC